CAUUGUACAUUUACUUAAAGAGAUUUUGAUUAUGUUAUUCUUUUGUCGAGUUACAGAAUAUGAUUACUGGAGCUGCACAAAUGGAUGGUGGAAUUCUUGUUGUAUCUGCACCAGAUGGACCAAUGCCUCAGACGAAGGAACAUAUUUUGCUUGCUCGCCAGGUUGGUGUGCCAUCACUUGUGUGCUUCCUGAACAAGGUUGAUGCUGUUGAUGAUCCUGAAUUGCUGGAACUUGUGGAAAUGGAACUACGUGAGCUGCUUAGCUUCUACAAGUUCCCUGGUGAUGAGAUCCCAAUUGUUCGGGGGUCAGCUCUAUCUGCCUUACAGGGGACAAACGAUGAAAUUGGGAGGAAGGCUAUUCUAAAGUUAAUGGAUGCUGUUGAUGAGUACAUACCAGACCCUGUACGCCAACUUGACAAGCCAUUCCUCAUGCCAAUUGAGGAUGUUUUCUCUAUUCAGGUGAUCGAAUUUCAUUUCAUUCUUAUCUUGAAUUUGUAGUUUGCAACUGAGUAUGAAUUUUCCUUUUAAACCAACAAUGGGUCAGAUAUUUAAUAUAACUAGUAGGGUGCAAAUGCAUUGCAUGGGUGACAAUACUUGUUUUAUGGUCCGAUUAU